AUAAAUACAACCAGCUCCAUUUCCUUUAAGCUGGUUUUGCUAAUCCUUUCCAAUUUCUGGAACUCUCUUCGGUCCAAAUUCGUUCUGGUGAGGAGCUCAACCGUUGAGUACGCAGCCAUGUCAGACGACUUCGAUUUCGCCGAUAAGGGAAACAAGAUUAUUAAUGAAACUGAAGCCAAAGGGUUCAACCCUGGAUUGAUAGUGCUGCUGUUUGUUGUUGGGCUGCUACUGGUAUUCCUUGCAGGGAACUGUGUACUUUACUCUUAUGCCCAGAAGACUCUUCCUCCUAGAAAAAAGAAGCCAGUAUCCAAGAAGAAGAUGAAGAGGGAGAGGCUCAAGCAAGGAGUCUCUGCACCAGGCGAGUAGGACUUUUGAGGCAUUGUCUCCUCUGUUCUCCGUGUUCAAACUGUAUGUUCACAAUUUUCUUUGUGUCCGGAGAGUUGCCUCGAUUGAAUUUUAGCAUCUUAAUUAGAAGUUAACCUUGUAUUUGGGUAGACUAGGAAGUGAAAUACAGUUUUUUGUUCAUCAGAUGCAGUCCACAGUUUACUUAUCUCAUUUCUUUUUUGCUUUCCUAUUA